ACACACACACUAGAUACGAGCAUAUAUAAGCAGCAGGAAUAUCUCCCUCUGGGUCACUCUCACUCACGCUUCACGUCAAGCCUCACCAUGAAGCGUAAAUUCACGUCAGCUGUCCUCCUCCUCGUGCUCGUGGGUGCUUCUCCCGGCACAGCUUCCUACUCUUCGGAGACGCGUUGCUUUGCCGACCAAAACCAGCACGGGGAGUGGUAUGACUUCAAUGAGGCGGUUCCCGACCUCAGCCCCUACCACUUCGACAACACCAUCGAGAGUAUCAGAGAGACGGGGAUGUGGAUGUAUUAUGAGAACGUCGAGUACAAUACACACCAAGCAGGCCUUGUGUUCUGGGCCAGUGGUAUCGACUUCAGUGGCAAUGUUCCAGGGCAGUAUGCAAAUAUGGCUACCUCUCUGCGAUACGCCGGAAGUCCGUACAGCUUGAAUGAUGAGACAUGGACAGUGUACUCUGGCGAAGCUUUCACUGGCGAUGAGUUGAUGGGAAAUAACGAUGCAGCUUCACUUGGUUACCUCGGUGAUGAUGUCUCAUCCAUCAUUAUUGUCGGUCAAAGCGCUUGGACAUUCUAUGACGGGAGAGACUUCCACGGAACCAACAGUGUUUGUUUACACCCUAAUUUGAAGUUUAGAAGUGACUUUGACGGACGAUCUCUCCACGUGGGCAUCUACGCGACGCCCACUGACUUCCAUAUUAGUGACAACAACAUCGAAUCUGUGCGGAAAGGCUGUUGGUCGAAGAACGUGGUCUACGGGGGAUCCGUCAGACCCAACUACAGCUCUCCCAGUGGUGCUUGGGGAUUACUCAACGGUUAAUAUCUCAUCUACAUACCCUGUUUCAUGGAUCGCUCCCACCUGGAUUGACGGCUUUGCUCUCGCUCCCUUUCGGUGGGUUGUGGGGCGAGGAACUUCCGGAAUAAAGUUUCAAGAGCUUUU